AUGAAAUUUAUUCAAUUAUUUUUAGCAGUUUUAUUUUGUUUAGUAAUUGUUUCAGCAAAUCAUAUUAAAGAUGCAACAAUUGAAUUAAAACAAAUUGGUUCAUGGAUGGAGAAUAAUCAUGCUGUAACUCAAUAUUCAGCCACAAUUAUUAAUCAUAAAAAUCAAGUUUUAAAAUCAAUUAACAUUGCAACUGAUUCAACAUUUUGUUUAAAUGAUUCAACAUCAUUUUGGAAUAUUGAAAGACUUUCAAAUGGAGAUCUAGUUUUACCUGUUGGUCAACCAACCAUUGCUGCUCAAAGUUCCUAUACAUUUUACUUUAUCUUAAAAGGUUCAACUCAACCAUUCCUUCAUGUUAUGUCUGUUGUUUAUUAA